UAAUUUUUUUGUGUAGUUCAAUAUGUUAGGCAUAUUUUAUUUUGGCCUUUGGGUCAUUUUAUUGUUUGUGUACUUCAGUAUGUUAGAUGAUAUAGUUGUACGUAUUGUUGGUAUUAUUUUGUGUAGUUGAAUAUGUUAGAUGAUAUAGUUCAAUAUGGGGCAUUUUCUUAAUAUGUUGGAUGAUGAUAUAGAUGGAAGUAUUGUUGGCAUUUUUUUAAUAUGUUGGAUGAUGAUAUAUACGGACAUAUUGUUGAUAUUGAUGUAUGUUAUUUUUUGUUAGGAUGGUGGAUGAUAAUGACCCUUGGUAUGACGGGUUAAUCGAAGAGUUCGAUAAAGAGCACCGUGCUCGUGCCAUUGAGAAUUGUAAGGUAAGAAGACUUAAUCGAAGACUUGUCAAUUAUUCGUGUUUUCAUAUGUGUUUGACGUACUGAUAUGAAGCUCAUAUUCUUUGCAGCAUGUAGUACCUAUGCGCAUGAGGGAUCAUGGUGCGAAUUACUUUCCAUACGAUGUGCGAUACGAGCCGUACAUUGCAAGAUUGGGUUUGCUGCCCUCUGUGUUGCAAUUCAUGCGAAACCCACCAUCGGUGAACCAUGCAGCGCUCACCACACUUACGGAUCAUUGGAGGCCCGAGACACACUCUUUCCACCUUGCCUGUGGGGAGAUGACGAUGACCCUAGAGGACAUGGCCAUGAUAAGCAGACUUCUUAUCAACGGCUUAGUUGUUACGGGUCAUGUCUGCAUCGUUAACUGGCGAGCUCGGGUUGGUGAUUUAAUUGGUGUUCAGCCCCCCCUCCCUCUGCCAGGCAAGGAUGAUAGCUUGUAAGUGAAGCAUUCCUGGCUAAAAGAAGUGAGAGGAGCAAACAAUUCGUGCCCUGUGGAUGCCGAUGAGAUGGUUGUGCAGCAGUAUGCUCGUGCCUAUAUUUGGUAUGUGCUAACCAAAGUGGUCUUCACAGACGCAACUGAGGACUAGGCCCUCUGGAUGUAUUUGGAGCUACUCAGGGACUGGGAUACUCAGUAUAGCUGGGGUUCAGCAGCACUAGCAUUCUUGUAUUGUCGGUUGGACCGGGAGUCAACGAGGACAAAAUACACAUCUUCAUUGUGCGGGUUUGUGUGGAGCCUCCCUGUGUGGAUGUGGGAGCGCUUGCCGGUUGGACGUCCCGUGGUCAAGAACCCCGAUAAUCCAAACCCCAAUCUGCAUGAAGGGCUUCAUGAUCAAGAUCCGUAUCGCCGCCCCACAAUUUCCUAUUGUUGGGACCAGGUCCAUGUUUACAUCGGAAGCUCUCAUGGGCGAUAUAAGUGUUAUGUGAACGAGCUGGACACCUUAACUGUUGAGCAGGUUUUCUGGUGGCCUUAUGAUAAUGAUCGUGAUUUCAACAUCAACGGGAUGUGCACAUGUGAUAAUCUUCUUUGGCGGGCGAGGUGUCCAAUGAUAUUCUAUUAUGUUGUCGAGUGGAACUUUGUAGACCGUGUUGCCAUGCAAUUUGGAAAACUGCAAGGUAUUCCAAUUGAGGAGAGCAAGGAGACAAUCACUAAGCUGCAUAGGUUUAGUCGAAGGAACAAUCAGGAUAUAUCGGAUUGGGCGAACAAAUACAAUCAUUGGAUAUCAAUGUGGAAUCAGAGAGAGAUGUUUGUGGAGUCAGAGAAUAGACCCCACAAUGAUUCAGCAUACCAGAAAUAUCUUGUGUGGUAUGGGCAGCAUUAUCGGUUCAAGCUUAAGCCCGGUUGGACACAAGAGGAGUGGGACGAGUUGGUGUCGGAAGACACAUCACAUGCAGAAGGUUAUCAUGCCUUCAACAUGGUUGUGCGAGAGACUAUAAGGAGUCAAGUUGACUACGCAGCCAUGCAUGACGAAUUGGGUAGAGAGUUUCUUAUGUGCAUGAACAAUAGCACUAAGUCAUCCCCAAGGAGGUGCAUUAUCUGAAAGAACUCUUAGGACCACGGUGGAGAAGUUUAAGGCAAUGUUCCACAAGUGGGCAGCUAUGCUUUCUUGCCACAGUGCUUAGUCUAUGGACGUGUUUACAGCUCGUACUAGCCGCUCGUCCAGAGCUAGACGUCCUCAUGUGACCAUCGAUGAUACAGAAGAAGAGGAACAAAUACAAGAGGAGCAGGCAUAGGCGCAUGAGGUAGAUAUUGAUGCCCCACAGUCAUCACAACCGUCACAGCCGACGACGAAGAAGAAGAAAGGCAAAGAUAAGAGAAAGAAGAUACUUAAUUAUUGGUUUUGUAGUCCGGAGUAUCCUCAUAAGAUUUUGCCUAAGGGGAUGGUUAGAGACGGCGAGGAGGAGUCUAGUGAAGAA